GCCUUUUGAGACUGCUCCGUGAUAUUGUUGACGGUGUGAUUUGUUUUAUCUGUGCACACAGGCUUUCGUGUCGUCUGUUUUUCGUUAAGCUGCAAGUAAAUAGGUCAAUCUUUAGGGUGAUUAGCAUGCUUCCAGUAGUGGUGGUCCAUGGAGGGGCGGGUCACAUCCCAAAGGCGCGGUCAGAAAACUCCACUUCAGGUGUGCGCUCAGCAGCCCGCACAGGGUACACCAUCCUCAGGGAGGGGGGCAGCAGCAUGGAUGCUGUGGUAGAGGCUGUGACCCAGCUGGAGAAUAACCCCUCCUUUAAUGCAGGGUGUGGGUCUGUGCUGAACGUCAAAGGAGAGGUGGAGAUGGAUGCCAUUGUGAUGGAUGGGAAAACACUGGGUAGUGGUGCCGUGUCUGCUGUACGCAACAUAGCCAACCCUAUCCAGCUAGCAAGACUGGUUAUGGACAAGACGGAUCAUGCAUGUCUGACCGCAGAGGGGGCCAAUCAGUUUGCCCGGUCCAUGGGUGUCCCUGAGGUGCCUCUACAGUCCCUCAUCACCGACUACUCUCGCAUGCGCUGGAAAAAGAACCUAGGACCUGAUGCCAACCCUGUGGAGUGCCAAAUGGGAAAGAUGGGCACAGUUGGAGCAGUAGCAGUAGAUAGUGAGGGCAACGUAGCCUGUGCAACCUCCACUGGUGGGAUGCUGAACAAGAUGGAGGGACGGGUGGGCGACACACCCUGCAUAGGAUGUGGAGGUUAUGCUGACAACCAGGUGGGGGCAGUGUCAACUACAGGCCACGGAGAAGCCAUCAUGAAGGUUGUUCUAGCCAGACUCAUCCUGUUCCACGUGGAGCAAGGUCAGUCAGUAGAGGCUGCCAGUGAUUUAGCUCUGGCCUACAUGAAGUCCAGAGUAGGUGGGCUGGGAGGGGUGGUGACAGUGGACCCUCAAGGACAAUGGGCCGCUCGCUUCUCCAGUCUGCAGAUGGCCUGGGCUGCAGCCCAGAAAGAUACCCUGCACUAUGGUUUGUACACUGGGGAACACUUCACCCAGAGCAUCGAUGACCCACACUGACACUCUUAUAUAACCUAAAUAGGUUUCAUAUUUUUAAACUUAAAUUUUGCAAUGAAUUAAGAAUAGUAUUAUUU